GUUCAUUCCACGCGCAAAAGCCGACGGGCGAGCAUCGAAAGCUGGAGUUCGGCAAGGUGGAAAAGAUGGAAAUAGAACUGAAAGUUCUGUUCGCCAAGUACACGGUACAGAUGGUAGCGAACGCUGGUUUUGAUGUGAACGGAUUGUGUUUCGACGAUGAGGAACACGAGGAAUCCUUCGACGCAAUAAGCAAAUCUUUCCUCGACUCGUCUCUUCUAAACAACGUUAUCUUCAACCUUGUGUUUCUAAUAUCUUGCCUGGGCAAAGUUCUCAGGAUAAGAACCUUGCCAAAAAGUAAAGCUCGUGCAAUCUUUUGAUCAAAAUAUAUUGCACAUAAGAUUUAAUUAAUAUUGAAAGUAAUUUUUUAAACAUAACGACUUUCGUUUUAUAAGUGUUCAUAGAAUGAUAGUAGGCCAUCUUACUCAAAAUAUUGAAUGAGAGACGACUAUAAUAUUUAUAAACAAGUAGUGAAAAUGAAAAUAAAAAAUACAUAUUACAAUUUACAUAACUUCUUUAUAUAUCUAACGUAUAUUUGAUUGCGAUAGUUUAUCUGCAAUUUAUUCAACGUUACAGCAAGUUUUAGUGGAUACAUGAAAAAUUUGACAGGUAGUCGAAAAUAAACAUAUAAUAUAACAUAUAACAUAUAAUAUAAUAUAAUAUUCAUAAUCUUGCUAUUUCAAAAAAUGUACGCACAUAUAUUACGAUAAGUAUCGAUUAAUUUUGUAACCGGUUACGCAAACGCAAUAUCAUGCAAUUAUUAGAAAAUUACAGCCUACGGCCAUCUUUCCGGUAUGGACAUAAUACCCGAGUUUACCGUAAUUGCAUAUUACCGCUAUUCGUGAAAGAUAGAUCACAGAUGAAACAGCCGCUCGACGCUGGAUCAUUCAGUUUCAAGUGUCUAUUGAAAGAGGAAAGAGAUGGCUACCGCGCUCAUAUCUUUAAUUCUUGGAGCAAUAAUAGUUCUCUAUCUCUACCUAACAAAAAACUUAAAAUACUGGCAAAAACGAGGAGUUCCUUGCCUGAAUGGUGCUCUACCGGGAAUUGGCAAUAUGUGGGAUUUUCUCUCUAUGAAGGAAACCUACCCCGAAUGGUGUCGCAAAAUUUACUGUGAUAACAAAAGUCAUAGUAUGGUCGGUUUCUACAAGCUUACGAAGCCCACAUUGAUGAUCCGCGAGGCGGAGCUGGUAAAAACAAUACUACAAACAAACUUCACAAAUUUCCACAUCAAUGGACUCACGGUCUACCCUGAGUUGGACCCCCUUCUGUCGAACAAUCCUUUUUUUUCAUACGGAGAUAAGUGGAUGACUACACGAAAGCGGCUGACCUACGCAUUCUCCGGCAUGCGAUUGAAGAUUAUACUCGAAAGUGUUAAGCAAGUAUGUGAAGAAUUCGAGAAUUACUUAGAUAAAAAACUGAACAAGGUGGAAAAGAUGGAAAUAGAAUUGAAGGAUCUGUUCGCCAAAUACACCGCGCAGGUGGUAGCGAACGCUGGCUUUGGUGUGAACGGAUUGUGUUUCGAAGAUGAGGAACACGAGGAGUCCUUCGACGCAAUAGGCAAAUCUUUCCUCGACCCGUCUCUUUUAAACAACGUUAUCUUUAACCUUGUGUUUCUAAUACCUUGGUUAGGCAAAGUUCUCAGGAUGAGAACCUUGCCAAAAAAAGUGGACCGUUUCUUCAGAACGUUGAUCAAGGAUAUCAUGGAGCAAAGAAGAACGAGCGAAACGCGGAGAAAUGACUUCCUCCAAUUAAUGGUCGAAUUGGAGCAUAUGGAAAAUGAUAAGGUCGACGAGAAGAAAUUAGAAAUCCUGGCGUCCCACGCGGUGUCAUUCUUCGUCGACGGUUACGAGACUUCCAGCACGAAUUUAAGCUUUAUUGGAUUUCACUUAGCUGCUUACCCAGAAGUGCAGAAAAAAUUACGCGAGGAGAUAAGAACUGUGCUGUCCAAGCACAAAGGCAUCCUCACAUUUGAAGCCUUGAAAGAAAUGACCUACAUGGAUCAAGUAAUAAGCGAGUCACAGAGAGUCGUACCUACGUUAACAUAUUUUACCAGAAUCUGUACGAACGCGAUUGAUUUGAAAGGAUCUGACGGUGUGGUUUGUUCUGUGGAGCCUGGGACAGACAUUGUGAUAUCCGUUCAUGGUUUGCAAAAUGAUUCUAGAUAUUGGGAAAACCCGGAUGUGUUUGAUCCUGAAAGAUUCAGUCCGGACAAAAAACACAAUAUCGAAAAAUUCGCCUUUCUUCCCUUCGGCGAGGGACCACGAAUGUGCGUGGGAAUGAGGAUGGCUCUGCUGCAAAUGAAGGCAUGUCUCGCUGUAAUCUUGAGAAAAUACAGCUUGGAACUUUCUCCGAAGAUGCAGUUGCCCUUGAAGUUGAGGGCAGCAAGUUUCCUGAACGCGGCAGAAGGUGGUGUUUGGGCCUUUAUCCAACCGAUUUAAUUGCAUGUGUUUUUAAUCUCCUGUAAUUUGUUGUAGCGACUUUAUUUGUUAUCAGCGAAAAUAUUUCUUACCUAUAAUGAGAUCUUUUAAUAUAUCUUGCAUAUUAUUUAUAUUGUAUCAAAUAUCUUUUUAUAAUAUCAUUUACUUCUUUUAUCUUUGGUUAUAAUCCCUUUAAGAUGUUAUGAUAAUUUGUUGUGUUCGCUGAGUUACUUUUAUUCCUUUUUAUACUUUUAUCGUUUUAUAUUAUCGAUUUAAUAUUUUUCGGAUAAUUAUUCCGCUUGUAUAUAAAUAUAUUCGAAAAAAUGUGAAAAUUAUAAUCCCUUCUUUUAAUUGCACAAUGUUCUGUUUUGUAUAGUUACAAAGAAUAUUUUUCAUUUUUUAUCUGUAUUUCUUAUUAUUUGAUCAGGUCAAAUAUGUAGGAUAUCCGGUAACUUACAAAGGAUUAGAGAUAUACAAGAUUAGGUCAAAACAUAACAUUGCUCUGAACAAAAUAUUCCUCUACCAUUUAGCGUACAAUUACAUAAAAUUUUGAUUAAUUAAUUUUAAAAUUUUUCCAAGAAUUUUAAAAUUAAUCCCAGAAGAUUCGUGAAUUAUCACGCGCCAUACGGUAAAUGAGUUGUGAUGGCGAUGUUUACCGCCGUAUUCUUGUAUGUUAGGUCAAACUGAACAAAAAAAUUCUCUACCAUUUUCCAAAUGACCACAUAGAUGUUUAGUUAUUAAUUCUUGAAUUAAUAAGUUUUUUACGUGGUUGUUCGCAAAAUAGAGGAAUUUUUUAUUUAGUUUGACUUAACUUAUCUACCUGUAUAACGCAGCUCCUCUGUAAAUUACCAGACAGCCUGUAUACGCAACAAAAAGACGUAUCACAUUAAAAUAGCGUCAUUGUUUUAAAGUAAUGACAUCUCAUGUCAUUUACGAAGACAAUAUAUGUCUCAUAUUCAAUCGCGUGAUGUAAGUUAUACUUUACGUGAUGCUUUUAAUAGUAUCGUAAUAACAAUUUCAUUAAACGAUGUCAUACAUAAAUAAAAAUACAUAUUUUUUAUUUUCAAACAA